AUGUCAUUAGUUAAACUGGCUCAUACAUGUGCUCACUUACAAAACUGCAGUCGAGUUAGAUUGACAUUGACAUCCAUCCCAUACACAAAAUUGCAACUGCAAUUUGCGUAUAAUUUAUACAAACAAGGCUUUCUAUCUUCAAUUCAAAGGGGCUCAACGAAAGGUCCCGAUAAAGAAUAUGUCGAAGUGACACCAGAUAAUAUCUCCACAAGAAGACUAUGGGUGGGCUUGAAAUAUAGAGAAAAUAGACCGAUAUUGAAUAAAUGCCAAUUGAUUUCUAAACCCAGUCUUAGGAUCCAGCUGUCCAAUGACGAGCUGAAGAAGGUGUGUUCAGGUAAAGUGGUAAGAAAUAUAAAGCCACUGCAGCCCGGUGAGUUAAUCUUGAUUCGCGCUAACAAUACUGUUCUGGACAUACAUGAAGCAUUGACAAAGGGGUACAAUGGAGAGAUACUAUGCAGAAUAAGAUAA